AUGGCUUCUCCCACAUCAUCACUUAGUCGGCGACGGCCAUCCGUGGCACCAGUGAACCCAUCUACUUUGUCCAAGUCGGUGGAGAUUGUAUCGAAUGACGCGCGUCGAAGGGUGCCUUGGUUCACCUCGGAAGAGCGGGACGUGCUGGUGCUGAGCACAGUAAUGAAAGUGUUGCUGUUUCCCGCAUAUCAUUCUACCGACUUUGAGGUGCACAGAAACUGGCUGGCCAUCACCCACAGCCUACCAAUCUCCAAGUGGUACUACGAUACGACGUCGGAAUGGACGCUCGAUUACCCGCCUUUCUUUGCAUACUUUGAAUACCUACUAUCAUGGCCUGCAUAUUUCAUUGACCCGGCAAUCACGACGCUAUCCAACUUGAACUAUGCUGCCUGGUCCUGCAUCGCUUACCAGCGCUCAACAGUCAUUCUCACAGAGCUUGUCCUGGGCGCUGCACUUCUCAGAUUUGUGAGGACGUCAAAUGAUCCCAGUCUCCAACGUAUCAUCAGCGCUUCCCUCUUCCUUCAUCCGGGAUUCAUCAUCGUGGAUCACAUCCAUUUCCAGUAUAAUGGGUUUAUGUUUGGGAUCUUUCUGUGGUCGAUUAUUGCCUCCAAGAAUGGCCAAUUGCUCACAAGUGGAAUUCUGUUUACCGUGCUGCUCAACUUCAAGCACAUCUACAUGUAUAUUGCUCCUGCAUACUUCGUAUUCUUGCUGCGCGCGUACUGCUUCUCGCCCAACGGAGGAUUCUUGUUACAGAACUUCGUCAAAUUAGGAGCGUCUGUCGCCGGCAUCUUCACUGUUUCUCUUGGCCCGUUUCUCGCUAUGUCCCAAAUCCCUCAGCUCUUGUCCCGCUUGUUUCCAUUUACAAGAGGCUUGAAUCACGCAUACUGGGCAGCAAAUGCCUGGGCAUUAGUGACUGCUGGUGAUCGAGUGCUGCUUUUGUGGGCAAAGAUCAGAGGUGCAAACACAGCGAUCGAUACGUCUGGAGUCGAGUCAACCUCACGAGGACUCGUUGGAGACACCCAUUUUGCUAUCCUGCCUAACGUCGAGCCGAAGCAUACCUUCAUCAUAACCAUUCUUUUCCAACUACUCUUCCUGGUUAAGCUCUGGCGCAAGCCCGACUACAAGUCCUUCGUCCAUGCUCUCACCCUAUGCGGGUACUGCUCAUUCAUGUUCGGCUGGCACGUACACGAGAAAGCCGUACUGCUAAUCCUCGUACCGCUGAGCUUACUGGUGGCCGAGGAUUAUGCACAUUACCGGACCUUUGUGAUCGUUAGUAUGGCCGGCAUCGUUGGUCUGUUUCCGCUUCUGUUCACUCCUGCCGAGUGGUUCAUUAAGGUUGGAUAUACGGCAGUCUGGUUCGCGGUGACAUUGCCGGGUCUGGCAAGGCGGGUACCGAGGCCAACUCCAUCAUGGAUAGGAGAGAUUGUUCACCGGUUGGAGGGGAUGUACAUCUACGGUUUCGUCAUUCUUCAGAUCGUGGUGACAGCUUUGAACGCUCUUCUGGCAUGGAAGUCCCCGAACGACUCCCCUCUAUCCAAGAACUCGUUAUCACAAAUGGAGUUCCUUCCUCUGUUGUUAACGAGUGUCUACUGCGCUGUAGGCAUUACGUGGGCUUUCCUAUGUUUAUCAUGGUUGUACAUCAAAUCAUAA